GCUGCACUACUCUCUAAGCCAUGAGAGCAAAAUCGGAGGUCUUCGCACAGGUUCUGGGCUUCUUUGGCCUUUUUGGGACCAUAGCUGUCACUGCCCUGCCCAUGUGGAGGGUCUCCGCCUUCAUUGGUGCCAACCUCAUUGUGAUGGAGGAACUCUGGGAGGGCUUGUGGAUGAACUGCUACAGAGAAGCCAAUUUCAGGAUGCAGUGCAAGGUGUAUGACUCACUGCUUAUUCUCCCGCCAGAGCUGCAGGCAGCCAGGGGGCUCAUGUGUGUGUCCAUAGUCCUGGUUGUCAUUUCCCUCUCCGUCACAGGAUGCGGGACCAAAAAGAGCCGCUGCUGUGACGACAAUAUAAAGAGCAAGAACGUCACCCUGGCCAUAGGAGGCGGUUUGUUUCUGCUGUCCUUCUUGACCACGCUCAUCCCUGUCAGCUGGGUGGGCCAAACUGUCAUCAGCAACUUCUACAACCCAACGGUGAUGGAUUUUCAGAAGCGGGAGCUGGGGACGGCCCUCUUCAUUGGCUGGGCCACUUCGGGUGUACUGCUGAUCUCUGGGGUCAUUCUUCUGAUCAGCUAUAGCAAACGUAGAUCAAAGGAGGAAGAGCCUUACGCUGACGCGUAUCUCACGGAGGGGACGGAUGCACUGAAAGAGGGGAGCGUGUACCUAGAGAGGACGCCAUCCAGCUUUUAUAAGCAUCACCAAUAUUUGUAAAGAACUGAACUGUAUUGCAUUGAAAUUAUGUCUCUGAUAUUUUUGUUAUUAACUGUCACUUAACAGCUUAAGUGAUUCUUUUGAUCAUUUUUAUUUGGUGGUAAUUCAUGUCAAGUAGUCGCAUCUGGAUAA